AUGUUUUCCUGCAAAUCUCUUUUAAUUGCUGCUUUACUCUUCUCGAUUCUUCAUCAAGUGGUGAUAGCUUGCCCUGUUUCCGUUCAACGCGGAGCUUGCUUGGGGAAAAAUGUAUUAGGAGAUCCAUGUGGAGGUCAACCUGGCUCCGUUUGCCACAGCAAUGUUCCGGGAAAAACCAAACAAGUUCCAUUAGUCUGUUGUCCGGUUGUCGACUGGCUUUACCCUCAGAUGAUCAUUGGCCCUGCAAUCGGAAACCAAUGCCCAACAGGCUAUACUCCCGUGUUUAUCCCAUCAGAAGGACUCUUUGAGUGUGUCGCUAAU